AAAAGUGGUGACGUCAUUGGUGAGCGCCUCUGUUGGCCUUCGAAAUGGGCUUGACUCGUUAGCCCUGCUUUUUUAAUCGUUAUCCUGCACGUCAAACUUUUUGUCAAGAAACUCCCGUCCGCGAUGACAUUUGUAGGUGAAUUGGCAGACAAAGUCAGCCCCCUCUUUGCAGAACUGGUUCCUGUGUGGGCGGACUGGCCUGCAGGUUUCACUUCCUGUGCAGUACAGUAGAGCGACUUGUUUGGUCAGAGGAUUACCAUGAAACCCGCUCAGGAGCGUAACCAGGAGUGCCUGCCUCCAAAAAAGAGGGACCUCCCUGUCAAUAACAGCAGUGGAGCAGGGGGGACAGGAGGAGGAGGAGCUACGGCCACUGGAGUGGUUGCUGGAGAAGACGAGGCGGCUUCCAUCCAGAACUCUGGAUCCAACAGUGAAUCUCAAGGAGGGACCUCAUCUGGAGAGUGGCUGCAAGCACAAGCAGGUUACCAUUAUAGAGUGGAUCAUUCAGACAAUAUAUCAACUGUUCCUGUUGACCAUUAUAGCAUGCUUUACAAAGUAGCUGUUCCAUCUGUUACUUACUCAUCCAACAGUCUUCACCCAGUGCUAAGCCACAUCUCUCAAGCCUAUACAGUUCACUCUCCUCUUCUGCAGCAUCCAGGCCUCCCCUACCCCCCUCUUGGUUAUGCACAGAUCCCUCAUUCCCCUCUACAAUUCGUUAGCCCCCCUUAUGCUGCAGUACCGUACGCUCUACCACCUGGCUUUGUCCCAGGAUCGUUGAUCUCUCCCUCAGGACCUAUUCCUCAGGCCCAUUCUGUUUCUCACCUUGUUCCCUACCAAUCUAUCAUACAGGAAGGUGUUGUCUCUCCACCUCCGCAGGCUCAGGUAGCUACUCAUACCUUUGCCAAAGCUUCAAGUGGUGUUCCAUUGAUGCUACCCUCAGAGCAAGCAGUCCAACAGCACCUUGGUACAGUUGGAGUUUUACCUGCAGCCGAGCUCAGCUCCAGAGGAUUGUACCAUGCUCAAGGCAGCAGGGGUUCCUCCACCCUCAGAGAUGGCCACAGUUCUCAGUUGGCCAAUGAAACAGAGAUGAAUGGGGGUGAUAGAGAACAAGGUGUACAGGACUCUACUCACACUGCCAGAAAUGCACAUUUACCGCGCGUGACAUCCACUUCAGCAACACAAGAGCACAGCCAGGAGAGAGUCCUGCAAACCCGAAGGCUAGAAGGCAGAAGUUCUCCUGGUCAGCGCAGCACUCCAGACAGUGAUCUAGAGGUGCAGCAGGUGGUUGGUCGUUUGGCUUCCUCGAGCCAAGGGAAUAGUGGAUUACGAAAGGAGGUUUCAUUUGCCCCCUUGAACCUCUGUCAGGGGGGCCAGAGAGCCGUUGAUGUCCAUGGCGAGAGCACAGGAGCCGUUUCUGCCAGGACCGUGUAUUCUGCCCUGCCUUCAAGCUACAGUGACCAUCACAAGCUGACUAGUCAACAGACAGGACAACCUGCCCAUGCUGUGGUGCUCGCCAAUGGGCAGCCAGUUCUUAUACCCAUUGACUAUCAGCAGCAACAUCAGCUGCCACAGCAGCAGUACCCAGGGCAGACUAACGACGCUUCAGCAAGCCAUGCUACCACCACAUCCUCCCCUAACCCAAGCUUUAAAGCCUCUGAUUCUUCAGCCAGAGUGUGCCUCCCUGAGAGAGCAGAGCUGACAGCAGCUCUGCAGCAGCUUCCACAGCAGCCGGUGAUCCAGCCUGCAGCAGAUGUGACUCAGGCCUUAGCUGCAAGUCUCCUUCCUGCCCAGGCUCCCAGUAAUCCAUCACACUUCAUGAAGGGUGCAAUUAUUCAGUUGGCCACUGGGGAGCUGAAGCGUGUGGAGGACCUGCAGACUCAGGAUUUUGUGCGCAGUGCUGAGGUGAGUGGGGGUCUUAAGAUUGACUCCAGCUUGGUGAUGGACAUCCGUGCCAGCCAGCAAAGACCAGGUCUAGCAUCGCUUCAUUUUACGGUCGGGGAGCAGCAGAGCAAAGUGACAAUCGAUGUGCCUCCAGAGCACCCUUUUUUUGUGUUUGGCCAGGGCUGGUCAUCUUGCAGCCCUGAGCGUACAGCCCAGCUUUACGGCUUGGUUUGUCACCGCCUGCAAAUCGGGGACACGUGUGUGUCAAUUAGACUGCAGCAACAGCUUCAACCCCAGCAGGAGAAGCAGCCACAGAAGCAUCACUUGCAGCAGCAACAGCAGAACCUCACAAGGACUUUGAACAAAACCAAUGCUACAUCAGGACCUAGUCACCAGCUCAUGGGGCCCCCUGCCCCUCAGCAGUCACGGCCGCAGUCUCAUUUCAGGUUGGAUCGCAUCAACAGAGACAGGCAGCGGGAUGGAGAAAAAGAGUUUGUGGAGGAGGAUGAAGUCAUCCAUUUAGGCGGUGGUGGACACACAGAAUCACCCAUCAGAACAAGCCGAAUCUCUGCUGAGCAUCCCAGGAGUCAGAGCAGUUAUCACUUGCACACAGAGGGCUCUGCUUUUGCAGAGGCAGGCAUGGGAGCAAUACAAACUCCCCAUGGUGCCUCUCAGAGACGAUGGUCUUCACCCGGCCUCCAAAGAUACAGCGUGAAAGUGGACGACGGGCCGCGUCCUCAGAUAAUCACCUCUGCUCACCCACGGCCGUCUUUCAUCCCCCAAGAGGUCAAACUGUCCAUCGAGGGGCGCUCUAAUGCAGGGAAGUAGCAUCAUAUUUGGUAGCAACCAUAGACGGGACUGCCACGAGUAAGACGAGAGUUUGACAAGGAGAGAAAGAGGGAAAAAACAGUGUGAAUGUAGCCUCAGAAUGUUGGAGAUUUUGCACACUUCAAAAUACACAAAGGCAUCUAAUCAUUAUUGUCUGGUGAGAAGUUCUGGUUUCAGCCUGCUGCAGUCUUAACGGGGACGUGAAAAGCUAAGCAUGUAGCUGGCAUGUCCAUACACACUGCUUUUCUCUUCCUCCGUCCCUCCUUUGUCUCCACGUUCUUGAACUCAAACCACGUAAUGAUCUCUUUCUGAGACAUUCGCUUUUGGUUUUGGCUAUGUAAAACAUCCUAGAGAAUUGAGUUCAUGACUGUCUUUAAAAACAAAUUAUUGCAUCGCACUAGUUUGAAGCAACCAACUCUGGUGAAAACAAAAGUUCAAAGCUAAUAAUGUUUUAAUCACAGCGCAGCCAAAAUACUGCUUCUGUGUAAAGCAAUCACCCUAAAAAAAGGUGGUUGCUGACAUUUGGAGGACCCGCUGUUGUUGUUGUUCCCACUUGUCAGUGUGCUUUAAAUUGUGCUUUCACAACAGGAGUCUAAACCCUCCGCUGUCAGCAGCAAUACUCUCCCUUCGUUACUCCUUUGGAAGCCGCUCUGCAAAGGUUGGAAAGCUCUCUCAGGCCACAUGUCCCAUUUCAUAUUUGUCUUACAAUCAAAUCAAGCGAAUCCGUUGUGUCACCACCUUCCUCCCACUUGCUCUGAAUGAGGACUGGAAUGUUAGCGGUUGGAAUAAUCUCCUGUUCUCUUCGAUCUAAUCUUGCUUCGACCAACUUUAAUGUUUUCUUUCCACCCUCCUUAUAGACUACUUCAUAUUACUCAUAAUAUUGUGGAUGAGUGAGGCGGUGAUGAGACGUGUCUGCUUUAAGCUUCAAUUCUUGUUACCAAAUGAAAGCAAUAGUUCAUUUUUAAAAGUACUGCCCCACCACAAGAGUUUCAUUGUGUUUGAGGGGUAAAUUCUCUGUUUUAAAGGAUUAAUCAGCUUUAGUUUGAUAGCACGACUUUGGCAGGUUUGCUGAAAUUGAAGGUGGACUGAGUCACUGUUGGCAAUUUCAGUAACCCAAGUUCUGAAAGUGGAUGCGCAUAAGAGACCCGGUUAGUUUGUAUGGAUCUGAUCCUUUGCUCCUAUAUAAAGGGAUCGUAGGUCCAGCAGGGUUUUUUAAACUGCCCUGUGUUGCACAUCUGACCCCCCUCCCCUUGAUUUUACUUUAAAAUUUAAAUAGGACUCCCAAUACUUUGUGUUGUUUUUUUUUAUAAACAAAGGGAAUAUUUUAAGAAGUGUUGGUUCUAUGUGGCAAAAUUAAAAUGGACUUGUUUCUCUAACUGUUUACAAAUUAUCCUAAAGAAUGCUGCAGUUCCUUCCUAACGUCAAGGUUUUUAUAUCAGACAAAAAAGUCUAAAAUAGGACAAUUUGAAAAGAAGUGCAAUUAGAUCAUGCAUAAAUCAUCAAAUUAUCAUUCCAUAUGUUGACAUUCCCCUCACCAAUUGACUAAAUACUCUUUUUUUUUUUUUUUGCCUUGUCUACCAUUGAUCCUCAGGCUUGCCUUUGGCAAACACUUUGAUCCCAUUGAAAAGCGAUGGACACGGUUGUCAUAGCGAGGAGCUUUAAAACAUCGGUUCAGAAGUUUCUGUGAACUUUUACUUGAAUGCUUACAACUUCCUCUGUGCAUGUAAAGAGCCAUAUGCCACUGUCGUCAUUUUCAGCUUCAGGAGUUCUUGUAGGAUGUGAGAGUUCUUCACUGCAAACCUUUGACGUAGUGUUGGUAUUUUCUAUGCAGUUACCACAACUGUGCCCUUCAUUGUUUCAUGCGUGGAGCAGGUUGGCUGAUACAGUUCUAAUUUUAGGAUUUGUGCUUGGAAUCACUGUCUUUUUUAGAAGUUUAACACUCGUUAAAUGUUCAGUGAGCCUCGUUUUGACCCAACCCUGAUUACUACACAGCAGAUGCCAAAUCGUUGAAGAAGUGUUAUUUAAAGUUGUUUAGGCCUGGUUGCCAGCCACUUCAAUGUGUUUUAGGUCAGGAUGUAUUCGAUGGAGUUUAUUUGUUCAUUACCUCCUGUUUAUGCUCACAUACAGACCAUCAUUCUGAUCCUCCUUUUAUUUUGAAAGGUGUGUGCUGUAAAAUUCUCAUGCAAAGAUGUCUAAUUUCCUUAACUUCACUGAUGGUCUGUUGCUCUAAGUGAUUGCACUAAAUGUCCUUCACAGUGUUUUAAAAAGGAAAACUUUUGGGGAGUUGAAGACUAAAUUAUGAGAGCGCACAAAAUUGUGGAGCAAUCGCAGGUUUUGUGUUUCUGUAGAUAUAUAUGCAUUUCUCUUGUUGUACAUAGCUUUGACGCUUGUCAAUAAUGCCUUAAACUCUUUUCUUUGUACAAUUUGUGAGAUGGAAAUAUUGGAGCAAUGUUUCCUGAGACAUUUAUAUUCAAGUUGUCUUGUUUAAAUCAAAAGAAACUCUGGAGCAGAACUAAAGACAUUUCAUUAUCUGCAGCUUUGUGCUGUUUCCCAUUCUGCUCCGUUACAGUUUUGAUUCCCUCUGUUGCUCAAAACUUAAUUUGUGACUCCCAAACAAAAGUGUGAAUAUUCAAGGAUGUUAGCAAUGGAGUUUUUGUCUCUGCAUUAACGCAUUUACAAACAUGUACAGAUCUUUAAAUGUAUUGGUGUUGCACAAGAUCUGUAAGGAUUUUUGUUCCUGUUUGCUCCCUAGAAUAAUGGGUUAUUAUUUUAAUUUUUCUCUGUUCCAAAGUCUCUGAAAAGGAGAAAUUGCGCUCUAAAUAGAAGAAGACCAGCUGCACAAGUCAGUUAGCUUUCCACUAGUGGUAAUGUGCUGGUUUUUCUGGGGUCUUGUGGCGUUGGUUAAACUGCGUUCUGUCAAUCCAGUAUUGAACUGCCAGCUCGGGACGAAUUCAAUCAGGAGAGUUGGAUUUGUUUAAAAAAAAAUCCAAAAAUCGAUGACAGUAUGUGUGUUAUCAAACAUUGUACUUUAUUUUUCACACACUGCUUUCCAUGUAACCAUCAUAACGACAUCAUCACUUUGAAAAAAAAAAGCCUAAAUCAGCUAAAUAUAUGCAAUUAUGUAAAUGUAACAUUCAAUCCUCAAGUAUAAUCCAGGUGGUAUGAACUUUGUAUAGUGACUUUUAAUAUCGUAUGGCCGUACCAAUAUGUAUUGAUCUCUAUCAGAAGCCUUAGAGUUGUUGACCCAAAGUGCUCCCUUAGAAUGCCCCGCCGCCCCCACUUUAACAAAGCAUUAAUAUCUCUAUUUUGUUGCAUUUUUAUUUGUACCCUUUUUGAAUAAAAUAGAUUUGUACUGUAUAUUUGUACCUCUGUGAACUACUUAGGACUUUUUUUUGCUGUUUUAAUUCUAUGUACUUUAAGGACACAAAGAUAUUGUAUUUUUAUUGUUACAGCUAACUUGGAGACAUUGCAUUUAUCAUGUUUGUCAAGUAAACACAAUAUAAUAUAUAUAAAUAUAUAUAUAUAUACAGAUACAAAUAUAAACACCCUGUGUGCUGUCUUUAUUGUUCCAUGAAAUAAUGAGUAAAGUGGAUCCUCU